AUGAUCCCCUCUACGCUCUCCAAGGCUAGUAGGCCGCUGGCCAUUCAAGCUCAAAGACGCCACUAUGUGGGUUGGUUGAAAAAGAACAAGUUUGUGGAAGAAUGGAAUGGAAGACGAGAAAUUACCGAAAAGACAUUCAAGGCCAAGUAUGCCAAUUUUCAUUACUUUUUGUUCUUUGGGUUUGGUGCUCCUGCGGGAGUCUACUUUUGGAGUCGGUCUGAAAUGCAUAACAAGGGUGAUCGAAGGUACCAGGAUGUCUUGUAAUGGAUCAAGCAAGACAAAGGAAAUGAAGAUGUUAGUUUGAGUGCUCCUGGUUCCAAACCUCUUGGCAACCCUUCAUUUCCUACUGGUUCUCCAGCUCAACAUCACAUCUGGAAGCUGGCUAGCCAGUACUUUACUAGCUAGUUUGCUGCUGAUCAGCCACUCAAAAGCAAGUAAGAUGAAUAAUCAAUUGAAACAUAUUUGUAUGCAA